AUGAAUUGGGAAAAUAUGAAGGCAACACUUCAUCUUGAAGAUGGCUCCUCGUUUUCGGGUAACAUUUACGGAGCCACCAAAAGUUGUGUUGGUGAAAUCGUCUUCCAAACCGGAAUGGUUGGCUACGUCGAAUCGCUCACCGAUCCGUCGUACGCAAAACAAAUGUUGACGUUGACCUAUCCGCUGAUUGGUAAUUAUGGAGUUCCGGAUGGAGGGGUUUUGGAUGAGUUUGGUUUGCCGAAGGAGUUUGAGAGUGAUCGAGUUUGGCCAGCUGCGUUGAUUGUCGAAAAGUGAGCGAAGAACAGAUUUUUGAAAGAAAAAAAGUUUUUGUCGUCUUCCUGAUGAGUUAUGACGUGGCAAAAUGUGAGAAUUCGUGAAUUCUCCUGAUAGAGGUUGCAGAUUUCGGACUUCUGUACUUCGAUAAGAUCUUUCAAAAGUUCCAGAUCUACAAUUCCUAAUCAAGCCUCCAUGAAAAUCAUUUUCGAAUUUUGCCACGUCAUAGCUCACCAGGGCUUUGGGAUCGCCUGCGAGUCGAAAACUACAAACAAGGGAACUGUUUCAACUUACAAUCGAGAUUUUUAAUGAAAUAUAUUUUUUCUAGUAGUUUUCGACACACUGAUCACGAUUCCGCUGUCUAAAACUGCAAAUCUCAACUCCUAACAUGAGUAAUGCCGUUGCAAAGUUGGGAAAGUUGAGACUUUCGGAGCUCGCCUUCAAAAUUAUUUUAAUGAAAAUCCAAUAGCAUAGGGUUGUUCAGGAAGGUCGAUUACAUAAGCCUUGCUAUCGGGUUUUCAUGAAAAUAAUUUUGAAGACGAGUUUUGACCUCCAAAAGUCUCAAAUUUUCCAACUUUGCCACGUCAUAACUCAUUUUAAGAGUCUAGCUUUGCAGUUUUAGACAACGGGAUCGUGAUCAGCGGGUCGAAAAUCACUAGAAAACAUAUAUUUCAUUAAAAAUCGCGAUUGCAAGUUGAAACCGUUCCCUUGUUAAAGCCCUGAUGAGUUAUGACGUGGCAAAAUGUGAGAAUUCGUGACUUUAGAACCUAGUUGUUCUUUUUUUACACGAUUUUUCGAAAUUUGCCACGGCAUAGCUCACCAGGGCUUUGCAAUUUUUGACGACGGGUCAAUAUGUUUUUCCCUCCGAGACCUCGAAAUUCUCCGUGUGAAAAACAACGAAUUUCCAGACUUUGUCACGAUGGCGAACACAGUCAUUGGCAAGCAAUUCAAUCGCUCUCCGAAUGGCUUCGUAAAAACAAUGUCCCCUGUUUGUCUGGAAUCGAUGUUCGACAACUCACCAAAAAAAUCCGCGAUGCUGGAUCGAUGAAAGCAAAAUUGAUUGUUGAAUCGGAUUCUCCGAAUUCCUACAAUUUCAUCGAUGUAAACGCGGAUAAUUUGGUGGAUUUUGUAUCAAGAAAAGAGCCGAAAAUCUAUGGAAAUGGUGAACAAACGAUUCUAGCAGUUGAUUGUGGUUUGAAAAAUAAUCAGAUUCGAUGUCUGGCGAAACGCGGGUUCAAAGUUAAAGUUGUUCCGUGGACACAUCCCAUUGACACUGAAAGAGGUGGAUUUUCGAAGAGUUGGCGAAAAUUCUGAUCUUAAUUUGUUUUCUUCAGAUUAUGACGGUCUUUUCCUCUCAAACGGUCCUGGAGAUCCAGAAAUCUGCGCUCCUCUCGUCGACAAAAUCGCAAAAGUGAUAGCUCGCGGUGAAAAACCAGUAUUUGGUAUUUGUUUGGGACAUCAAUUGAUAUCUCGUGCAAUCGGAGCAAAAACCUAUAAACUCAAAUACGGAAAUCGUGGACACAAUCAGCCGUGCACACAUUAUGCGACUGGACGAUGCUAUAUCACAUCACAAAAUCAUGGAUAUGCUGUUGAUACAAAUACGUUGCCCAGUGAUUGGAAACCGUUGUUUACAAAUGAGAAUGAUAAGACGAAUGAGGGAAUUGUUCAUUCGAGCAAACCGUUUUUCAGGUUUGAAAUUGAUUUUUCAUCGGAAAAGCUGAGACAGAAGUUACUGUACAGUUUUUCACGCUGAGAAAGAUCCAGUUUUGCUGAGCGACUCGGAAGAGCACAAAAAUGAGCCGAUCGCGUUCAGAAGUUUUUCGACCCUCCUGAACAUCACCCUGUAUUCAGUUUGUGAUAAAAUCUUCUCUAACAUGAGUUACGUGCUCUCAAAAACGUGAUUUUGAGCUCAUUUUUGUGCUCUUCCGAGUCGCUCAGCAAAAACUGGAUCUUUCUCAGCGUGAAAAACUAUACAGAAACAUCUAUGUGUCAUUGAAAAUCUCUUUCCUCGUUAGGCCAAUAGAAAUCUGUAAAUUUGAAGAAUUUUGAAUGGCCUGGAAACCCUUAUGGGCCUAUGCAGAAUAAUAUUUUGUAAUAAAAAAACAUAAAAAAACAUUUUUUUCCUAUGCAGAAAAACGUCGAGAAAACAAAAUAAAGACAACGUGAAAUUGAGAGAGCGCAGACAUAAAAUGGUUUUUUUCUCUGCACUCUCUCAACUUCACGUUGUCUCUACUCAAAAUAAUAAACUGUAUAUUUUGUUUUUUCGACGUUUUUCUGCAUAGGAAAAAAAUGUUUUUUUAUUACAAAAUAUUAUUCUGCAUAGGCCCAUUAUCACCUGAAUAUACUUUUGACUUUGAAAAGCUCACAAAAAUGCUCCCUGAGCACAGGAUUUUUGGUUGACGGAGCAUUUUUUGGAGUUUUUUCAAUGGUAUAUUCAGAUGAUAAAUAUUCCAGGCCGUUCAAAAUUCUUCAAAUUUACAGAUUUCUAUGGACCUGAAUUUCAGUGAAGAUUGAAAUGAGAUUUCACGGCAAAAAAUUAUAUUUUUUUCUCACAAGGAAAGUGGUUAGGUUCUGAAAUUUUGAUGAAACAUAUGGAAAUAUACCAAAUCGAUCAUGAUGAUAACGAAUCCGAAGUCAAAAAUUGCCACAAAUGCCUGUGAGCACUUUUCUGGAGCUCCAAAGUUGGAAUUGAGUUCUGGUUUUUGUUCAUUCUCACCGUUUUCCCGGGUAAAAAAUAAAUUUUUAUGACUUGGAUCAGGUUGUUCACCGCAUUCGAAAACCUAUCAGCAUUUUAGUUUAUAGUUGAUUUUUUACCCGGGAAAACGGUGAAAUUGGACAAAAACAAAACCGGGGACUUAAUUCCAACUUUGAAGCUCCAGAAAAGUGCUCACACGCAUUUGUGGCAAUUUUUUUUACUUCGGAAUCGUGAUCAGCAUGGUCGAUUUGGUAUAUUUCAAUAUAUAUUCUAUCAAAAUUUCAGAACCCAUGCACUUCCCUUGUGAAAUUUAUGGAAAUACCUCGGUCAAAAUCCCAUUUUCCAGUGUCCAAUUCCAUCCGGAACACACCGCCGGACCAACCGAUUGCGAAUUUCUCUUCGAUGUUUUCGCUGAAGCGGUUCGACAAUCCAAAAAUGGAAUUCUUAUGAAUGUCGAUGAGGAAUUGACCAGAAAAAUGAGCUUCGAACAGGUUUAUCAUGCAAAAGAGCAGAGGAAAGUGUUGGUUUUGGGAUCGGGUGGAUUGACGAUUGGACAAGCUGGAGAAUUUGAUUAUUCUGGUGCGCAGGCAUUGAAGGCUCUUCGCGAAGAAGGAAUUCGAACAGUUCUCAUCAACCCCAACAUCGCCACAGUUCAAACAUCAAAAGGCUUUGCUGAUUUCACAUAUUUCCUACCAAUCACCAAAGAAUAUGUGACAGAUGUUAUCAAAAAAGAGCGACCGACUGGAAUAUUGUGUGGAUUUGGUGGACAAACCGCGCUAAAUUGUGCAAUUGAUUUGUACAAAGAUGGGGUAUUUGAGCAAUAUAAUGUGCAAGUGUUGGGAACACAAAUCACAACAAUCAUGAAGACGGAAGAUCGCGAUCUUUUUAAUCAGGAAAUCUCGGCGGUUGGUGAAAAAGUGGCGCCGAGUAAAGCGGCGACUACUAUGGAGGGAGCGAUUGAGGCGGCGGAAAUGUUGGGAUAUCCGGUUUUGGUGAGAGCAGCUUAUGCUUUGGGUGGACUUGGAAGUGGAUUUGCGGAUAAUCGCGAGGAGUUGAUUGUUAUUGCGCAACAAGCGUUGGCGCAUUCGAAUCAGGUUUUGAUUGAUAAAAGUUUGAAGGUGAGAUAGUUUUGAAUCGAAAUUUUGUAGUAGCCGAGACUAGAAAACCUAGUUGUCAAGAAUCAGCGCCUAGAGACACACUCUGGCAAGGAGCCGAGGCUUGGAAGCUUCUUUGCUAAGUAGCCGAGUCUAGAAAAUCUAGUUUUCAAGGAGCCGCGCCUAGAAAAUGCAAUUGUCAAGGAUUGGCGCCUAGAGAACCUGAUUGUCUAGGAGCUAAACCUAAAGAUGUAAUUUGGCGAGGAUCGGCGCCUAGAGACACAAUCUGGCAAGGAGCCGAGGCUUGGAAGCUUCUUUGCUAAGUAGCCGAGUCUAGAAAAUCUAGUUUUCAAGGAGCCGCGCCUAGAAAAUGCAAUUGUCAAGGAUUGGCGCCUAGAGAACCUGAUUGUCUAGGAGCUAAACCUAAAGAUGUAAUUUGGCGAGGAUCGGCGCCUAGAGACACAAUCUGGCAAGGAGCCGCGGCCCUAGAUCUUCGAUGCCAAGGAACCGAGCCUAGAGAAAAUUGAAAUCCGUGUUUUUUCAAUUUGAAUUUUUUCCGAAAAAUGUAAUUUGUGAUUUUAAUUUUUAGUGAUAUUUUUCCUAUUUUUUCAAGCUUAAAAAUAUAUUUCUCAUAUCAAAAAUUCCUAAUUUUCACCGAAUUUUUCACAAAGAAAAUUAUACGUUUCAAAAUUUUGUGAAAUAUUCAGAAAUUGUGAAUAAUUUGUUUCUGUGUAUAUAUUCAAUAGAAUAAUUAGGUAUUAUUAUCAAAAAAAAAACCUCCCAAAUUUUCACAGGGCUGGAAAGAAGUCGAAUACGAAGUGGUUCGUGAUGCCUACGAUAAUUGUGUAACAGUUUGUAAUAUGGAAAAUGUCGAUCCACUCGGAAUUCAUACCGGCGAAAGUGUUGUUGUUGCGCCAUCACAAACACUGUCGGAUCGAGAAUAUAAUGCGUUAAGAACGUGUGCGAUCAAGGUUAUUCGACAUUUGGGAAUCAUUGGAGAAUGUAAUAUUCAAUAUGCGUUGGAUCCUUUUUCGUUGACAGUAGGUUUUUGGGGGAAAUUUAUGAAAACUCGUGUUUUUCCAUUUAAUUAAUUAAUUUUAACUCCAAACAUGAUAAGACGAACAGGCUUAUGAAAUUAUCGAAAAUUGUAGAUCUGAACAAAUUUUGAAACAGUUGAUUUUUUUUUCAGAUUUGUAGAUUUCUGAAAAAUUUGAAACAGUAAAUUUAUGGCGGCAAUAUCUACAGUAAUUUCGUAGUUCUGUUUAAUUCUAAAUUUUAACUAGGGCAGAAAAAACAUUGAAUGUCAAAAUUAGUUUUUCGAGUUUUUCAGUCAAAAAUGAUGACAAAUCGAGAUUUUUGAAGCUUCUAAAGUGAUUUCUGAUGAAAAUUGACCUUCAGAAGUUUUUGAUGAUUUUUCGUACAAAUUUCAAAUUUUGAUGAAUUUCGAAAAAAUCAAUAAAAUAAGGUAAAAUAAGGCUCAUUUUCAUCAGAAAUCACUUCAGAAGUUUCCAAAAUCUCGAUUUGUCAUUAUUUUUUGGUUGAAAAACUCGAAAAACUAAUUUUGACCUACAAUGUUUAUCGACUUUUCAUGAAUCUUCAAUUGAAGUAAAAUUAUAUUGAAAGUAAUUUUUGGAUACUGUAAAUUUUUUGGCCAAAAACUAUAUUUUUCCCCAUAUUUUCGACUGGAAAGCGAUUUUUUCAAAAUCUACAGUUUCAAAAUCUACAAUUUUUCAAACAUCGAUAACAUUCUCCCAGAAAAAUUGAAUUUUUUCAACAUUUUUCUGAAAAUCCAUGUUUUUUUUCCAGUACUACAUUAUUGAAGUGAAUGCUCGUCUCUCGCGUUCUUCAGCUCUUGCCUCAAAAGCCACCGGUUAUCCCCUUGCAUAUGUUGCCGCCAAACUUGCACUCGGUCAACAUCUCCCAAUCAUUCGAAAUUCUGUCACUGGAAACACCACCGCAUGCUUCGAACCGAGUCUCGAUUAUUGUGUCGUCAAAAUUCCGCGAUGGGAUUUGGGAAAAUUUGCGCGAGUCAGCACAACUAUUGGAAGUUCAAUGAAAUCGGUUGGAGAAGUUAUGGGAAUUGGAAGAUGUUUCGAGGAAGCACUGCAGAAGGCGUUGAGAAUGGUGUCGGAUCAUGCGGAUGGAUUUUCACCGUAUACUUUUAAUCGACCACCGACUGAUGAGGUAUGAGAAAAUCAGGAUUUUUUUUUGAAAAAAGAGCCCGAACCGAUUCUGUAAAAUAUCAUGACAGAUGACAAAAAUGUGAAAUUUAUAGGUGAAAAUCCAGAAUUUUAUGAAAUUUAGCAAAAAAAACAGGAUUUUCUUUAUUUCAUCCAGAAGUAAAAAUUUCUGAAUGGAAAUCGAGAUUUUCAAUAAAAUAUAUGUUUUCUAGUAAUUUUAGACCAGCUAAUCAUAAUCCCGCUGUCUAAAACUGCAAAGAUCAACUCCUAAAAUGAGUUAUGACGUGGCAAAUUUGGGACUUUUGGAGGUAAAAACUUGCCUUUGAAUUUAUUUUCAUGAAAAUCCUCAAGAACCCUAUGCUAUUGGAUUUUCAUGAAAAUAAUUUUAAAGGCGAAUUCUGACCCUCCAAAAUUUUCCACGUCAUAACUCAUGUUAGGAGUCGAGCUUUGUAGUUUUAGACAGCGGAAUCGUGAUCAGCCGGUCGAAAACUACUAGAAAACAUUUAUGGGGCUAUUCAAGUAUUUUCUCAACACGCUGAGAAAACAGGAGAAAUGCGGAGAAAUUGUAUUUUCUUCACUUUUUUCGUAUUUUCUCAGCCUACCUGAAUAGGUUUUCUUCGCUUUUCUCAGCGUUGAGAAAAUAACUUGAAUAGUCCCAUUAUUUCUUUAAAAAUCUCGAUUUCCAUUCAGAAAUUUUGACUUUUGGAUAAAAUAAAGAAAAUCUUGUUUUUUGCUAACAAGGGAACCUUUUUUACUCGACACUUCAAAUCAUAAUGCAUUUUUGUCCAUAGAUAGCUUUUGGGACCAUAAGAACACCCUAAAAAUUUCAGUCUCCCAAUGGACCUCUGAGCCAAGUUCUGGGCUCUCAAAAGUUCAAAAAAGGCCUAAAAAUGGUCAUAAAAGUCAUCAUAGCUCCAUUUCAAAAUUUUUUUGGGAGAAAUAAAGUUUCAGAUAUUGAUCAGCAUAGUCGAUUACCUAAAAGUCAAUCAAUAAAAAACUUUAUUUCGAAAAAUUUUGAAGUUUUUUAUUUUUCGGCUGAAAAUUCAUGAAAAUUCAUAUGUGCCCCUGCUCAUUCUUUUUUUCAAAAUCAAAAAUUUUUCUGAAAAUUCGAUUUAUUGAUGGUUUUUGGGUAAAUCGACCACGCUGAUCAUCAUCUGCUACUCAGUUUUUCAUAAAAAUGAUCGAAAAUUGAGUUAUGACGUGUUUUAUGAGCCAAUUUUGGCAAAUUUCGAACUUUUGAGAGCCCAGAACUUGGCUCAGAGGUCCAUUGGGAGACUAAAAUUUUCAGGGUGUUCUUAUGACCCCAAAAGCUAUCUAUGGAGAAGAUUUCAUCGAGAUUUGAAGUGUUGAGUAAAAAAGGUUUCCUUGUAAAUUUCAUUGGAUAAAAUUCCGGAUUUUCACCCACAAAAAAAGCUGAAAUUUUACCAACUUCUCUUUAAAAUGUUUGAGAAGUUUCCAGAGGUUUCAAUUCAAAAAAAUCAUUCUGAAAUUAAUUUCCAGAAAUAAAAAAGACUCCACCUUUAAACCAAUAUUUCAAUUCAGGAUCUCUCAAAACCCACAGACAAGCGGAUGUUUGCACUGGCGCGUGGAAUGUACUAUGGAGAUUUUGAUGUUGAACGAGUUCACGAAUUGACCGCAAUCGAUAGAUGGUUCCUUUAUCGAAUGUAUAAUAUUGUUGAUAUUUAUCAUCGAUUGGAAAAAGAGAGCAUUUCGAGUGUUUCGGCUGAAUUGUUGUUGGAAGCCAAACAGGCUGGUUUCUCGGAUCGACAAAUUGCAAAGAAGAUUGGAAGGUAUGGGAUAAUUGAGAAAAUUGAAAUUUUCAACCAAAAUUCAAUUAUUUUCAGUUUUUUUGAAUUGAAAUUAUUUCUGGAAUUCAAGUCUUAAUUGAUUUUUCACUAUUUUUGUGCUGAAAAUUCAAAAAUUCUAUAUUCCUGAAAUUUUCGCUCAAAAAAAUUCGAAGAUUCUAAUUUUAUAAAAACUAAAAAAAAUACGUUUCAAAAUUUUGAUAUAAUUUACUAUCAAAUUUUUUUUUUCAAUAUAGUGUUUAUUGAUCUUACAAUAUUCGCUUUUCAUUCGGUGCUAAAAAAACAUAAUAAAGUUUAGAUUAUCACGUGAAAUUUUCAUUUAAAGUUUUAUUAUUUUCAGUUUUUUGUCGAAAAUUAUUGAAAUUUUUAUCAAGUUUUUUUGUGCUUAAAAUUAAAAAAAUUAUAAGUUUCUGAAAUUUUCGCUCAAAAAAAUUAAAAUAGUAUUUAUUUCACAAUUUCAAGCAUCGCCUAAUUUUUGAUAAAAAAAUUAUCCGGAGUUAGCCUAAGAUGAGGAGCUUUAAUUUCUCAAAGGUUUCGAGUCAAAAUUUGAUUCGAAGAUUCUAAUUUUAUAAAAACUAAAAAAAUACGUUUCAAAAUUUUGAUAUAAUUUACUAUCAAAUAUUUUUUUCAAUGAAAAUUUUCGAAAUGGAUAUAAGUCAAAACCAAGAAAAGCUAGUUUUUCAUCAAAAUUUAUCAGAAUUAUUCUAAAAAUUACAAGUUUUCUCCUAAUUUUCCCAUAAUUGAAAAAAAAGUUAGAAGUUCAAAAUGAUUUUUUUUAAUUGAAAUUAAUUCUGGAAUUCAAAUUUUAAUCGAUUUUUCACUAUUUUAGUGCUGAAAAUUCAAAAAUUCUAUGUUCCUGAAAGUUUCGCUCAAAAAAAUUCAAAUAUUCGAAUUUUAUAAAAACAAAAAAAAAUACGUUUCAAAAUUUUGAUAUAAUUUACUAUCAAAUAUUUUUUUCAAUGAAUACUUUCGAAUUGGAAAUAAAUCAAAAAAAAGAAAAUCUAGUUUUUCAUCAAAAUUUAUCAGGAAUUAUUCUAGAUAAAAAUUACAAGUUUUCUCCUAAUUUUCCCACAAUUUUUACAGCAAUGAAUGGUCAGUUCGUGAAACGCGUCACGAAAAAGGAAUUCGUCCAUGCGUCAAACAAAUCGAUACAGUAGCCGGUGAAUGGCCGGCACAAACCAAUUAUCUGUACACAACGUUCAACGGCGUUCAAAACGAUGUCGAAUUCAAUAUGAAGAAUGCUGUGAUGGUACUUGGAAGUGGGGUUUAUCGAAUUGGAUCGUCGGUGGAAUUCGACUCGUCGUGUGUUGGAUGUAUUCGAGAAUUGAAGGUGCGGGAAGAAUUUUCGGGGAGAAAUCGGACCAAUUUUCAGGGUGAAAUUGGAAGUUCUAGUUUCUAAAGCCAAUUUCAGCCGGAAAAUGUCCCAAUCUGUUGAUUUCCGUGCUGAAAACCCGAUUUCCGAAUUCAUUUGGAAUUCUCAUUACUGAAAUUAAAUUCAGUUAUAUUUGAAAGUUUGGAAAAUGUACGUUCCAGAAUUAAUUGAAACCAAUUAAUUUAUUCAAAUUAUAUUGUUGUUAACUUCCUGAAGGCAAAGUUACAAUUUCAUCUAACAAUGCGAUCAAUCAACUUGUUCCCAUUCAAAUUUACAAUUCAUUCAUAUUUUCCAGAAAAAAAAGUUUUGCUGAAAUUUUAGGUCUCACGAUUCUCAAAAUAACAUGAGUUGAGGGCUCUCAAAACCCGAAUUCCACAAAACUUGGCUCAUUUUCUGGGCUCUUCGGAGAGUCACUGAAAACUAGAUCUUUUUCAGAGUGAAAAACUGUAGAGAAUCAUUGAAAAUCUCCGGGACUCAUAACACACUUCACUAUUUUUUUUAAUUUCGUAUUUUCAGGCUCUUGGCUACACAACAAUAACAAUAAAUUGUAAUCCGGAAACCGUUUCAACUGACUACGAUAUUUGUGAUCGUUUAUAUUUCGAAGAAAUCUCAUUCGAAACCGUCAUCGAUGUUUAUAAUUUGGAAAAUCCAAAAGGAGUUAUUCUUGCGUUCGGUGGCCAAGCUCCAAAUAACAUUGCCAUGUCAUUAUCUCGCGCGCAGGUUAAAAUUUUCGGAACUUCUCCAAAUGACAUUGAUAACGCUGAAGAUCGUUUCAAAUUCUCGCGAAAAUUGGAAUUGUUGAAAAUCAGUCAACCACAAUGGAAGAAGAGUGAGAAUAUGGAAGAUGCGAAGAGUUUUUGCGCACAAGUCGGAUAUCCGUGUCUAAUUCGGCCGAGUUAUGUAUUGUCGGGAGCUGCGAUGAAUGUUGCGCAUAAUGCGGAGGAUUUGGAAGUGUUUUUAAAACAAGCGGCGGUUGUUGCGAAGGAUCAUCCGGUUGUUGUUAGCAAAUUUAUUAAGUUAGUGCUGGGGGAUUUUUUUAAAUUGGAAAUUUCAGCCAUUUUCAUGGUUACAGUGAACAUUUUGAAUUUUUGGGGAUUUUCUACACAAAAAUUAUUCGGUAAACUGGAAAAAUUGUAGUUUUCGAAAAAUUUUCAAAAAUCAGCCCAAAAAUGUGUGCAGAAUUGAAUGAAUGCAAAAAACUGUACUUCGUCAGUCGCGUGCGGCUCUGCGUCGCGGUUCUUGUUUCCCGACCGCGAAGCACAGCCGCACGCGACUGACGAAAUACGGUUUUUUGCAUUCUUUCAAUUCUUUAUUUUUCCGCUUUGACGGCCACGUGAAUUGCUAUGACGUCAUAUAGCAAUUCACGUGGCUGCUAAAGACUUUGCUCGAAUUCUGAAAUAUCCGAUAAAAAUCUGAAAAACUAGAGUGAAUCUAGCAUUUUCUGAUUUUUAUUGGAAUUUCAGCAGAGAUGCGGAAGCUAUGCCCAAAUUUUGAAUUUUUUCUCGAGUACUUUAGGUGCGAGUUUGAAAAUAAUUCCCCAUUUUCUUUCCAGCGAAGCCAAAGAACUCGACGUCGACGCAGUUGCGAUUGAUGGUGAAUUAAUUGUGAUGGCAGUCAGUGAACACAUCGAAAAUGCUGGUGUUCAUUCGGGAGAUGCUUCUUUGGUCACACCGGCUCAAGAUAUGAAUAAAGUGACGUUGGAUCGAAUUAAGGAUAUUACGAUUAAAAUUGCGUCGGCUUUUAAUGCGAAUGGACCAUUUAAUAUGCAAUUAAUUGCCAAGGAUAAUGAGUUGAAGGUGAGCGGCGAAAAUUUCAGUUUUUAAGGUUUCAGGAUUUUUUGACCUCAAAAUUUGACGUGGCAAAAUGUUUUUUUUUUUGAGAAAUUCUAACUGGAAAAAAAUACGUUUCAAAAUAAUUUAAUCCAUUUUCUACGGAAAAUUGAAACGUUCUGUAACUUUCUCAUUGUACUCUUAUAAAUACCAUUGAAAAUAAAUAUUUCACGUGGAAUUGUGGGCCUAAAAUUCGAAAUUUCAUGGCGAAAACAUUUCAAGAACUUUUUUAUUUUUAGCACUAGAAAAAGUGUAAUUUUUGAUUUUUUUAAAUUUUCAGACUCAAAUUUUGAAAAUUUAAAAUAGAAAUUUUCGAGUCAGGUAAAAAUACAGUUUUCCACGAAUGUUCAAGGAGCAAAAAACGAAACGUUACAAUUUAGUAGAAAAUCAAUAAAAUUAUUUUGAAACGUAUUUUCUGGUGCAAAAAAUCUUAUGAAAUUUUUGAAAAAAAAUUUGGUUUUUUUUUCAUCAACUUUUCCCAAACCUCCUUUUUUCUCCAGGUUAUUGAAUGCAAUUUGCGAGUUUCUCGUUCAUUCCCAUUCGUCUCCAAAACCCUGGACUACGAUUUUGUUGCGCUGGCAACUCGUGCAAUGAUGGCCGAAGAUAAUCCGGCAAUUCGAGCCACCAUCAAACCAACCGCCACUUUGCUCAAAGGAAAAGGCAGAGUUGGUGUCAAAGUGCCGCAAUUCUCGUUUUCUCGUUUGGCUGGAGCUGAUGUUAUGUUGGGAGUUGAGAUGAGUUCGACGGGAGAGGUUGCGUGUUUUGGAAAAGAUCGAUAUGAGGCGUAUUUGAAGGUGAGGAAUUUAUUCUGGGCUUUAAAAUCUGAAAAUUUAGUCCUAAGCUGGAAAUUAUUAGGCUUGAGCUUAAAAUCAAUUAGGGUUAAGCUUCAAUUUUAGGCCUAUGAUUGAAAUCAUCUAGGUUUGAGCUUAAAAUGUAGGUUCUGGCCUAGUAGAAUUAAGCUUAUCAUUAGGCUUAAAAUCAUCUCGGCUUGGGGUUAAAAGCCUGAAAUCACUUAUAGUUAAGCUUAAAUUUUAGACCUAGGCUUGAAAACCGAAAAAAAAGACCGAAGUUCAAAAUUUAGGCUCAGAUUUUUAACCAUUUAGGCUUAGGCUUAGGAUUAAAAUCAAUUCUAGGCUUAGGGCUUAAAAUGUAGGCCUUGACCUAAUAAAAUUAUGCUAAGGCUUAAAAUUUAACCUUAGGCUUGAAAUUUGGGCUUAGGUUUUAGCUUUCAAAUUCAUGCGUAGGCUUAUUAAGAUUUAGGCUAAGUUUUAAAAUUUUAGGCCUAGGCUUAGAAUUUUUGACUUGGCCUAAGUUCAUUCAGGCUUAUAUUCAGAUCUAGGCUCAUAAUUUAGACUUGGGCUUUAAAUUCAGGCCGCCUGAAUCAGGCGUAAGCUGAAAAUCCAUAAGGUUUAGGUAUUUGGGUUCAAAUUUAGGUGUAGACUUAUUAAGAUUUAGGCUAAGUUUUAAAAUUUUAGGCUUAGGCUAACAAUUUCGGCAAAAUUUAGGGCCUGAAUUUCAAGCCUAAGCCCAAACUGAAAAUUUUUCUAGCUAAAAAUCCAAUUAAAAUUAAUUUUUUCCAGUCGCUCUUCUCAACCGGAUUCGUCGUUCCAAAAAAGAACAUUUUCAUCUCAAUCGGAGGUUAUCACGCAAAAGCGGAAAUGUUGAAAAGUGUCGAAAUUUUGCAACAUUUGGGAUAUGAAUUGUACGGAUCAAAAGGUGAGGAUUUCCCAUGGUUUUUAUCAUACAAAAUCGGUAAUUUUUUUGUCCAGGAACCGCUGAUUAUUUCCAAAUGAAUAAAAUCAACGUGAAACCAGUUGAUUGGCCGUUUGAAGAAGGAUCGUCGGAUGAAAAAACGGCGAGUGGAAGCCGGAGUGUCGUUGAAUUCCUGGAAAAUAAGGAAUUCCAUUUGGUCAUUAAUUUGCCGAUUCGUGGAUCUGGUGCAUAUCGAGUUUCAGCCUUCAGAACACAUGGAUAUAAAACUAGAAGAAUGGCUGUUGAUAAUGGAAUUCCAUUGAUUACUGAUAUUAAAUGUGCGAAGAUAUUCAUUCGAGCGUUGAAUAUGGUUGGAAAACGGCCAGCGAUGAAUUCGCAAAUUGAUUGUGUGACUUCGCGGAAUUUGAAGAGAUUGCCUGGUUUGAUUGAUGUUCAUGUGCAUGUUCGUGAACCUGGGGCGACGCACAAAGAAGAUUGGGAGACUUGCUCGAAAGCGGCGCUUUCUGGAGGUAUUACCACGAUUUUGGCGAUGCCGAAUACAACGCCUGCAUUGGUUGAUGCGCAGACUUUUUAUGAGACUGAGAAGGUGGGGGGUUUUGGGGUGUUAAAAUACUGUGAAAAUGAGGAUUUUCGAGAGAAAAAACUACUGUUUGUUGUUCAGCGAAGGAAACGCGCUCCAACUACAUACCGUAGUUUGCUUUUUUUUGCCGACCCAUUUUUUUUUCAUUUUUUUUCUGUUUUUUCUUGUUUUUUCUCCGUUUUUCACCAAAAAAGAAGCAAUUUGUAAUUUUUCUUCUUUCAGAAGUUUGCAAAACUCGAAUUAUACUUAUCUUCCAAGUUUUCUUGAUUAAUUUUGUUGAUAAACUGUUUACGCGUUUUCUUCGCUGGCGAACGGACAUUAGAUUUGAAUCUGGGAAAUUUUCCGGUCUGAGAUUUGGAACAUUUUUGAAACGUAUUUUUUGGAACAAGAAAUUUUGUGGCAUUUCUGGACAUGAAUUAUCUGAAAAUCUGUUUUUGUGGCCAAAUUUGUGAAUUUUUGUAGAUCAGAAGAAGAUUUUUGGAAAUAUUUUUUCUUGAAAUUCUGAAUUGCGAGCAUUUUUCAUGCUUUAAAGUUUUAAAAAUUCAGGAAAUUUGAAAACUUUUUGAUGUUUUUGAUGGCAAAAUCAGUGAAAUCAAGAAAAUUUUGGAUCUUUUUUUUUUUUGAUUUUAAAAAUUUCUGAAAAAAUCCACGAAAUUCGAAAAUUCAAGUGUUUCCUUAAAAUUAUUGAGAUUUUCAAUUUUUUUGUUGAAAAUGCUUUUCCCUAAAAUUUCUGGAAAAUUCACAAAAUCUGAAAAAUCAAAUGUUUUUCUCUAAAAAUCUGAAAGAAAUUUGCAAUUUUAGAAAAUCGAUUUUCAGUUAAAAAUUUCAAACUUUGACAUUUUUUUGAAAAAUCCACGAAAUAUGAGAAUUCCACGUGGAAUUCAAGUUUUUCCUCCAGAAUUAGUGAAAUUUUGUAAUCUGAAAAAUCAUAAUUUUUUCUAAAAUCUGAAAAUUGUGAUUCAGGCUUCUCGAAAAAAAUGGCACAAGUUGUUCCUCCAAAAUUUGGGAUUCCAAAUUCACGAAAUCUUUUUUCCAGCUCGCCUCCUCAAAAUCGGUCGUCGACUAUGCUCUCUACAUCGGUGCCACUCCCACAAACUCCAACUUCGCCGCAGAUUUCGCCGAAAAAUCGGCCGGUCUCAAAAUGUAUUUGAACGAAACAUUCUCCACACUCAAAAUGGACAAUAUCUCCGAUUGGACACGACAUUUUGCCGCCUUCCCACCAAAUCGUCCGAUCGUUUGUCAUGCCGAAAAACAGACGUUGGCUGCGGUUUUGUGUGUUGCGCAAAUGGCCAAUCGAGCGGUUCAUGUUUGCCACGUGGCAACCAAAGAUGAAAUUUUGUUGAUCAAAGAUGCGAAAAAGCGAGUAAGUGGUCAAAAAUUGCAGUUUUUCUGUUGGAAACCUUCAAAACUCAAAGAAAAAAUUUGAAAAUUUUGAAUUUCUGGGAUUUUCUACACAAACUUAUUCAGAAAACUGUGUUAUUGUCGAAGUUGAAAAAUUGAUUUUGAAAAUAAAUUUAUUUCAAAAAAAAAAUAGAAAAUCCCAUAAAAUUUCAUGAAUUUCUAGUGUUAAAAUUUGAAAUUUCAACUUUGUAUUUUUCAAUAAAUUUUCACGGUUUCAGUGAAAAAUUUGAAUUUCUAGUAUUUUCUCAACAAAAUUAUUCAGAAAACUGUUUUUUUUGUGUGGAAAAUGAACAAGCCCAAAAAUGUGUGGCUGCGGAAGACUGCUUGAAUUUCUGAAAUAUACGAUAAAAAUCUGAAAAACUAGAGAAAAUCUAGCAUUUUUCAGAUUUUCAUUGGAAUUUCAGCAGGGAUGUGGAAGCUAUGCCCAAAUUUAGAAUAUUUUUUCGAAAAUUGCACCUAACUUAACCCUUAAGAAUUUACUUUUUAUUAAAUUACCUAAACCCAACAUUCAAAAAUUGAUUUACCCUAAAUUCAUUCAGGGUUGGGCAGUUACUUGUGAAGUUUGUCCUCAUCAUCUUCUCCUAACCGAAAAAGAUUUGCCCGAAGGAAUUCGCGAAGUUCGCCCGCGUCUCGUCACCGAAGAAGAUCGCAAAGCCCUCUGGGAUAAUCUCGAAUUCAUCGAUUGUUUUGCCACCGAUCACGCCCCGCAUACAUGGGACGAAAAAACUGGGAAAUCUGGAAAUAUUCCACCCGGAUUCCCCGGCGUCGAAUUCAUGCUUCCACUUCUUCUCACAGCGGUUUAUGAUGGUUUGCUGAGUUUGAAAGAUGUUACCGAUCGAUUGUCGACGAAUCCACGCAAGAUUUUCAAUUUGCCAGCUGCGCAAGAUGAUAACACGUAUAUUGAAGUGGAUUUGGCGGAAGAGUGGGUGAUUCCGGAGAAUGGCGGGAAAUCGAAAGCUGGUUGGACACCGUUCGCUGGGCGAAAAGUUCAUGGAAGAGUUGUGAAUGUUGUGAUUCGUGGAGAGGAAGCGUUUAUUGAUGGGCGGAUUGUUGCGAAGGCGGGAAGUGGGAAGAAUUUGAGAUUGUAUGCGGCGACAGGAAGGACAUCACUUGGAGCUGGAGAUUUUGAGGAAUUGCAGGAUGGUGGGUUUUUUUUCGGAAUUUUCAGAUGAAAAUGUGGGAUCUUCAUCAAAUUUUAGCUCAGGAAUUCUUAUAUUUUCAGAAAAUUUGAAUACUAUGAAAAAUUGUGCGUUUUAAGCUGAAAUUAGAAUUUUGAUCUGAAAAUUCGAAAUUCUUCAAAUUUCUGAAUCAGAAAGAAAAACUGCAUUUCAUAAAAAAUUGGAAUUUUCAUCAAAAUUUAGCUCGGAAAUUUUUCAAUUUUUUUGAAAAUUUGAAUAAUGUGAAAAAUUAAGCUGAAAUUAGAAUUUUCAUGAAAUUCUAGCCGAAUUUUCAAGAAAAUGGGUUUUUUUUUCAAAUUCACCUGAUUUUUUCAUCAAAAUUCUGAAUUUCACACAUUUUUUCUGUUAAAUUCCAAUUAUCCUGAAUCAUUUUUGCAGAUCUCCUAACUCGCCCACAUACUGAUAGUUGUGAUGAACAAAGUCCACUUCACACUCCACCACGCGCACUUUCACCAACAAAUUUGAAUGAUUCAAUUAGUCCAGUUGCGAAACAUUUGAUAAGUGUCAAAAAUUUGGACAAACUUCAAAUCAACAAAAUCUUCGAUUUGGCUGACAGAUAUAAACAUGAUAUUGAUCGACAUCACAAAUUAAAUCAUAUUCUGAAUGGACACGUUUUGGUCAAUCUAUUUUAUGAGGUUUCAACAAGAACAUCUUGCUCAUUUGCGGCUGCAAUGCAAAGAUUGGGUGGAAGUGUUAUUUCGGUUGAUAGUGCCACGUCAUCGGUACAGAAAGGAGAGACUUUGGAAGGUUGGGUUUUUGAGGGGGGAAUUAUGGGAAAAUAUCGAAUUUUUCACCAAACUCCUAUGAUUUUCUAUGAAAAAUCAGAUUUUUCAGAAUUUUCUGAUCUAGAAAAUUUGAUUUUUGAAAAAAAUGAAAAUAGAAUUUUUUGCUGAAAAUUUCAGAAAAUUGAAUUUUUCAUGUAAAAAUCAUCAAUUUUGUACAAAUUUUGAAAAAUUGUUCAUAUUCUAGCUGUAAAAAAUUUACCCAAAGAACCCUUGAAAAUCACGAAAAUUUCAGAAAUUAUUGAUUUUUGAUGUAAAAAUUGUUAUUUUUUGUCAAAAAGUUUCCCGAUAAAAUCCUCUAAAAAUCACGAAAAUUUCAAAAAUUCUCAAUUUUGUCCAAGCUUUGAAUUUCUCACCAAAAACCUAUGAUUUUCUACGAAAAAAUCAGAAAAUUCGAUUUUUGACGGGAAUUUGAAGUAUUUUAGUUUAAUACAAAAUUGUGGUUAUUUGUGACCGAAAGCCUGUGAUUUUUCAUGAAUAAAUCAGAUUUUGUUUUAAAAAAAAAUGAAAAUUGAAUUUUUUUGGACUGAAACUUUCAGAAAAUCUGAAUUUUUCAUGUAAAAAUCAUCAAUUUUUGUCUAAAUUUUGAAAUCUUGAUCAAAUUCUUUCUAAAAAUCACGUAAAUUUCAGAAAUUAUUGAUUUUGAUGUAAAAUUUUUAAAUUUUUGUCAAAAAGUUUCCCGAAAAAAUCCUUCAAAAAUCACGAAAAUUUCAAAAAAAAAUUCCAGACACUGUCAAAAUCCUCGGCAGCUACGGUGAUGUUGUUGUUCUCCGAAGCAAAGAAAAUGGAGCAGCCGAAAGAGCCGCCCGAAUCUGCGAUCAACCAAUAAUCAAUGGCGGUGAUGGAACUGGUGAACAUCCAACACAAGCACUUUUAGAUGUUUAUACAAUUCGACAAGAAAUGGGAACUGUAAAUGGAUUGACGAUUGCGUUGGUUGGAGAUUUGAGAAAUGGAAGAACUGUUCAUUCGUUGGCCAAAUUGUUGUGUUUGUAUAAGGAUAUUACUCUGCAUUAUAUUGCGCCGAUUGAGGAAUUGCAAAUGCCAGAAGAUGUUAUUCAAUAUGUUGGAGCGAAGACUAAUUUUGUGCAGGUUUGGGAAUUUUUUUUUUGAAAAAAAUGUAGUUCCCCCACCCGGAUUCGAACCCGGGGCCUGAAAAUCUAGAAAUAUAAAAAUCCUGUGAAAAUUUCUAGAUUUUCUGAUGGAAAAUCAGAAAAUAUCAGAUUUCUAGUCAAAAUUCUUCAAUUUUACUGAUAAAAAAUAUUUGAAAAUCUAGAAAUUUCUAGAUUUUCUGGUGUUUUUUUUCAGGAAAAAUUGAAGAAUCAAUUUUUUUUUAUCAGUAAAAAUAGCUGGAAUUUGAGAUUCCCCUUGAAAAUCCUGAAAAAUGGCUAGAAAUCUGAUUUUUCUCAUCUGGAAUUUUAAAAGUUUCAAAAGUUCACUGAUUUUCAAAUUUCAGAUGAGAAAAAUCAGAUUUUCAAGAGAAAUCUAAAAUUCUUGCAAUUUUUUAUCAGAAAAAUAGCUGGAAUUUGAGAUUCCUCUCGAAAAUCUGAUAUUUUUGAGAAUUUCUAUCUGAAAUAUGAAAAUUGAGGUUUUUUUGUUAAAAAUUCAAUAUUUUCCAAUCGAAAGGAGCUGGUUCGAAUCCUGGCUAACUCAUUUUUUUUCAGAAAAAAAAUUGAAGAAUCUAAUUUUUGCUUGAAAAUUUUUGAUCAGUAAAAAUAGCUGGAAUUUGAGAUUCCUCUAGAAAAUCUGAAGUUUUCCGGUUAUUUUUGAGAAUUUUCAUCUGAAAAUGAGAUUUUCCAAGAUUUUUUUGCAAAAUUAAAAAUGUACUUUCCAGAAAAAAUUCAACAAUUUGGCCGAAGGAAUUCGCCACGUGGAUGUUGUCUACGUCACCCGAAUUCAAAAGGAACGAUUCGCCAAUUCGGAAGAUUAUGAAAAAGUGAAAGGAAGUUAUGUGAUUAAUGCGAAAUUGUUGAAUGAGGCUGGAAAAAGAGGAAGAAGUUUUGCAAAGUAUUUUGGGUGAGGAAUUUUGGGCUGAAAAUUCGGGAUGAGGCUGAAAUUUGAAACAUUUUAUCAUUUUUUCCAGUUCCAACCCGAACUCUUCCAAUUGUAAUGCAUCCAUUGCCAAGAAUCGAUGAAAUUGCAGUCGAAUUGGAUCACGAUGAAAGAGCUGCCUAUUUCAGACAAGCUAAAAAUGGAAUGUUUGUCAGAAUGGCCAUUUUAUCGAUUCUUCUCGGAAAAUCACAUUUGUAA